AAGGAUUCGCGGCGGAAGUCUUGAUGUUGUUGCUCUGUCGCCUGACAGUAAGGCAAGAGGAUAGUAAAGCUACAAUAAGUCGCAGUAGUAGCGUGUUUUUACUGUUUUUACAGUCUUCAUCAGAUGAAAGACAUGAAGAAGAGGUUUAACAUCAACUUGGACGACUCUGCUUUCACCAAAGAAAGAAUACCGCCAAAGCCGCAGUUUCAGUCUUCAUCCACAGGAGGACAAAACACCUCAGCAAAGCCCGCUUCAGAGCCCGUGGACCAGCCGCUGUCCUAUGCAGACUUUAUCAUCCAGAGUAAAAAUAAUGUGAGGGAGGGUCCCUCCAAGCCGCUCAGGGCUGAAGCUGCUGCAGCCACCAACCUGAAGCAAAGUGAAUCAGCUUCAGUGUCGUCUGCCACAGGAGGAUGUGAAACAGCUCAGGACUGUAGCAAAGGGGUGAAGAAGAAUGAGGACACACUGGUUCAAAAAGAGGGGAAUGGUCAAAGCAUCAGCCUGGGUCCAAAACAAAUGGGGUCUGGGAGCAGCAUUAUUGUCAGUCCUCGUCAGAGAGGAAAUCCCAUUCUGAAGUUUGUGAGGAGUGUCCCGUGGGAGUUUGGAGAUGUUGCACCAGACUAUGUUUUAGGCCAGACAACUUGUGCGCUCUUCCUCAGUCUGAGGUAUCACAAUCUCAAUCCGAACUAUAUUCAUGAUCGUCUCAAGCUGCUUGGACAGACUUUCACCCUGCGUGUGUUACUGACACAAGUAGAUGUGAAAGAUCCUCAUCAUGCACUGAAGGAGCUUGCUCGCAUCUGCAUCAUGGCAGACUGCACUCUCAUCCUGGCGUGGAGUCCAGAGGAGGCAGGACGUUACCUGGAAACAUAUAAGUCAUAUGAAAAGAAACCAGCAGACGUGCUGAAGGAGCAAGUCGAAAAAGACUAUCUGUCAAAGGUUACAGAUUGCCUGACCACUGUGAAGUCUAUAAACAAGACCGAUGCCAUUACUUUACUGUCCACUUUCUCAUCUGUAGAAGGAAUCAUUAAUGCCUCUAAGGAAGACUUGGUUCUCUGUCCAGGCCUUGGACCACAAAAAGCAAGGCGACUACAUGAUGUGCUCCAUAAGCCCUUCCUCAAAUCUAAGACAAAAGACAGUUGAAACUUCUCACCAAGGAUGUGUGAAAUGCUUCUGAACAGAACUCUAUAAAGCUGAACAGCAUGCAAACACACAUCGGAGGACUGAAUUAAAUACUGUGAACACUCUUAAUUAACGAAGGCCAAGAAAGAAAUGUGUAAAAUGUGACUGCUCUUUUAAGAUGUGAGCUCUUCAGUUGUUAGAGAUUUAAUGCUUUAUUGAGUUAUGGUGUGAUAUUUGUUCAUUGUUUAAUUAUUUUUUAUGAAAAUA